UCUGGCUCUUCCAACGAUUCCAAUGGAGCGAUUCUGCCAGCGCCAAUGCUGGGUAGUAACACGGCAGCUACUUUAAACGCGAUCGUUCCGUAUCACGCGCCACAAAGCAGGAACUACCGGGGCAAUGAGAGAAAUCAACAAUCGAGGCAACAACAGUGGUUAUAACGGGGGCUAUAAUGGCGGUUACAAUAAUGGGCAGAAACAAUCACGAAACUGGUCGGCAAGGUCGGGUGGGGACAGUUUUCAGAAUGAUAGGGUUGGAAAGAUUUACGACUUACUCUCGGAGCAAGCGGAGGAGCGUGAGGAGCGAAAAAGGGAGGCAACCAGAUUCGCUUCGUUUGAGGAUGCGAAGAAAAGGUUGUACGAUGAGGAGGAGAGACGUGCUGCAGAAAAGAGAGAUGGAAAGCAGCAGGAGAUCCGGCUUGGACAAAUUGAUAAGGACCGAAUACUCGCCUUGCAGUUACAAAUUGACGAAUUAAGUGGGAUAAGGAAGGCUUUGGAGGAUAAAAGUACGGAAGUGGUGACGCUCCGAAAGGAGAAUUCGCAUCUUCGAAUGGAAUUCAAGGACUUGAAGGAUAAAUUUGUCAGUCUACGGAAUGGUGGAAAGAGAACUGUGGUGGAGGUGGUGAAGAACAGCCCUCCGGAAGCUCCGUCGCGAGGGAAGCAGAAAAAUGAGGCGCAAGCUAAUGCAAUGUACACUCCCAAGGAUAUGGAUGGGUUGUACAAGUCGUACAAGGAAGCUCUGGCAGGGAAAGAGAUGUCACUCAGACAAGCUGAAUGCCUUAAAGAACGAAUGGCAAAAGCGGGCGCUUCCAGAAUUCGACCUUCGUUGCGGAAGCCCGUGGCAGUCAAACGAACCACUUCGAGAAAUCUGAAGACCACUCUUGAUUCCGUCGACGUCGAUUCUGAUGAUGAGAAGAAGGGUGAAGAAAACGGGCAUAAAGAAGGAAAGACCGGUGAGAUAGUGGACGCGACUCAUGAGUUGGAGAAAUCCAAGCUUCAAAACUUUAGGGAAACGAGGAUGAAAGAGUUGAGAACGGGGAAGAAGCAUGAUUUAGAAGAACUCUGCAAAGAAGAAGGAAUAUCUUACAUCAAGUUAGACCAGGCAAAAGCGGGUAUUGCCGACAUAGGAGCCAGACAUAAUUUUGACGAAUGGAUUAAAUCCAAAUCAACGCAAGACGAUCAGGAUGACCCGGAUUUGCAAUACUCCACAUCAGUUGAGGGUCAUAACGAUGGCUAGGGGGACUCCCUCAGCUCAUCAUAUCUGUGGAAUCUUGCAUUAUUGUGUCGUGACUAUCGAGGUUCGCUGCCUAAUGAAGAGGUAAUGUAUAU